UUCUUCUUACCACGCACUUUUGACAUUGCAUUUUAUACGGAACAAAAUAUACCGUGAAACAAAUGAAGAUCGCACUUUGUUUGCUUGUUGUUGUUGUGAUGAUUCGGAUGGACAUGUUUUGUAGGGCGAAAAAAAGUUUUGAGGACGUCUGGAUAACAGGCUAUGGACCAUCGGAACACACAAUUUCCCUUUGUUCAAAUGUAGACGGUCUUUGGUAUUGCAAAGAACGUAUAACCAUAAGAAAAGCUCUAAAUUAUGAAACAGGUCCACUCCGUUGGAAAAGUAAAACCACUGACAUUGCCUGUUUGUCUACACAAGUUGAUGAAAAUAGCCGUCACAUUGGAAAUGAAUCCUUAUAUGCUUAUGUAUCUAGUAAAGUUAUGAUCGUACAUACGGGACAAACGUUGAAUAAGUACAUCGGUUUUCUUAAGGAUUGUGAAAGAAAGCUUAUUUUUACGGUACCAACUUUAGUGACAUCACAUAGAACAGAGUUGAUGCAGCAUUUACAAAAACUUGAGAGCGUUGACACAGUUCCAAUACUUGUUGUUCAUACUAAAAGAUCAUACAUUCCUGUAAACCUCUCGGGGAAAUCUGUCGCGAUUACGCAAGUUAUUAUCGUCAACCAGACCAAAAGCUUUAGAUUCGAGUACGUUAAAACGCUGAUAAAGUGUGUUCUUCUUUUAGCGUUUUUCUUGAAAAUUAAGACACCUAGCGAUAACGAAAGCUCAAAACAAGACAAGACGAACGAAAUUAUAGCAUGUACGUUUUUAAACCAUAGCUUCGAAUUAAAGGGUUUAACCAAACAUUUAUAUCAAUGUUAUAUCUCGCCAAAUGUAGAAGACACUGUAUGCUGUCCCACCUUACAACACACCUCAGAAGUAUCAAAUAAUAACACAAAGCACGGCAUAAUUAAGAGAGGUCACGAAGAUUCAGAAUCGGACUCGGGUGAAGAUUCUCGUAGUACCUCUCCACUAGGUGAUACAAUCUCUCAAAAAGCAGCGAACGCAGCACAACUACCCGCUAACGUAAACAUGGUCGGUGAAUGGGACAGAUAUAUAACUUACGGAAAGUGUCCUGAUGAUUCUCAUUGUAAAAAUGUGUAUCCUACAAUAUUAGCAAAAAAUGGAUUUUAUUUUAACGUAGAGAAGGAUCUUAGUGAAUGCUUUAGUUGUGGGGGCAGAGUGAACGUAUGGGAAGAGGAAACAGUAGUAAAGGACGUCCACCUAAAGAUAUUUUCGCAAUGUGAUUUUGCAAAUGGCAAGGACACUUUCAACGUUCCAAUUCACAAUGAUGAAAAAGGAAAUGACACCAUAUAUACUGAGCUGGCCAGCGGUGCAUGCGGUGUUAACGAAAACGUCAACAUUGAACCAAAAUGCGAAACAGUUAGCACCGAACAUAAGUCUAGCAAAAUUACUCAUCGACAUGAAAAACAACGGACAGAGACACCACUUGAGCAACUGUCUUACGCCGAGGACACUCUCUUCGCUAGCGCAAGACAUCCUGAUCUUGCCAGCCGAGAAAAUCGCACGUCUACCUUCCUAAACUGGGCUUACUCGCAUACUGCGUCGAUAAACAGCCUGGUCGACGCUGGACUUUAUUAUACAGGUACUUUUGAUGAAGUUCGCUGCUUCCAAUGUGGCGGUGGCAUGCGGAACUGGCAGCAAGGGGACGACCCUUGGAUGGAGCAUGCGUACUGGUUUCCGGACUGCGAGUACGUGCGACAGCGCAGGGGCCAGGGCUUCAUCGACAUGGUUCGCAUGGGAAGAGCAUUUGAACGAGGUCUUGACAUUGGACCAAGCCAACGGACACUUCAACCAACAGAACAGGAACGAUAUACUGAAUCUCAACUGUUUUCUCAACAUCGAGCCAAUCCAAGGGCUCCCCCAUCUGACAUCGCAACUGUCCAGAUUCCUGAUGACUUGAUGUUAGACUCUGUUGCUAAUAUGGGCUUUGACAAAGAGCACGUGAUUCUCGCCCUGGGUCAUAUAAGAAGGACGCAUUCUGAAGGAUACAAAAUUCAGCCCGAAGAAUUGAUCGACUAUCUUCUGGCCAAUCCGCGAACAGAACCAUCUGUCGUCACCCCAUGGGUGUCUAAAGAAAUCAACGAAGAAGCGAGACCUAAAAAGGAAAGGAAGAACAAGAAGAAAUCAAAUGACGUCAAUAACGCUUUAGAUACAAGCUCUGAAAACAAAGACAUCAGUGCUAUUUUGGAUGAAAAUGAGAAACUUAAGCAGCAGUUUAUGUGCAAGGUGUGCAUGGAUAACAACGCUUGCGUAGUAUUCGUGCCGUGUGGUCACAUGAUCACGUGUGUGAAAUGCGCAAGCGCACUGAGAAAAUGCGCUAUCUGCAGGGCGAACAUUCAAGGAAGCAUACGGGCUUAUUUAGGUUGAAUGGCUUUGGGAUGACGUUAAAAUGUUGUGCCAAACAUCAAAUAUCAAUCUGGUUAUACAGUUUUAUACAUUUUGGUUUAUGACAUAUUUUUUUAUCUUUGUGAUAUAGAUCAAACGUCUUUACGUUUUUUGUUACUAGGCAGCAUUUGAGUGGCAUUUAAUUAUUAGUUUUAGGACUACAAUACUAGUAUACUUUUUAAAUGCAAUUGACUUUCUACGAAGAAGUGGGAACAUACUGUUUUGCACUUUUCCGUGUGGUCGGUCAUUCGGUCCGUACGUAGACCAUUUCGUUUUCAGUAUCGAAACGACGCUUUUAACUACGAGCAUUGCAUUGAUUAUGUUUGUAUUACUUGGGAUAAAAGAAUGACGCAUUUUGCUUGUGAUGUCAACAGGAUAAGGGUCAAUGUGACAGGGCUUGAAACAUUAAAACUUUUUUCCUUUGACCGUUUUAUUCCCGAACGAUAUCUACAAAAAUAAGUAUGUUUACUGUUAGAGUAUUAACAAUUUUGUUACAUUGGGUUAACACUUGUUUUGCUUAGUGAUGUUCUGAUUAUUUGUCCCCUACCGGGAGGACUUAUGGUUCUCCCUCUGAGCGUCUGUCUGUGAGUCUGUGAGUCUAUCACACUUUUCUGGAUCCUGCGGUUACUUUAGAAGUUCUUCAUAUUUUUUCAUGAAACUUGAAACAUGGAUAGAUGGCAAUAUGGUCAUUAUGCACGUCAUUUCAUUUUGUUCCUUCGUCAACAAUUCUCGUUGCUAUGGAAACAAAUAUAUAUAUAAAAAAACUGACAAUGGUGGAGCCGGUAGGGGCAUAUAUUGCUUGGCAAUAGUCUUGUUCAUUUAGAUAAUUAAUUUUGGCAAGCAGACUCUUGACGCGACGAUGACGACGGGAAAAUUAAAUCGAUUUUUUUUUUCAAAUGUCUUUAUUCAGAUCUGACAUGCAUGUCAACGAGAAUUUAAUAAUGAAUUACUGUAAUAUAACAAUUGUGUAUUUUAUAAUGCGUCGAACAAGUAAAUUAUUGCAUAUGUUUUAUAUCUUAAACAUAUGUUUUCUUGUACGGUGAUGUAUUUCCUUUCCUCUUGAGUUUAUUAAUAACCACGAAUGUAACUUCCCUUUAUUAAGUUUAUUGCAACAUUUCAAGAUAUAUAUAUACGACUGUUAACCAGGGAUAUUUAUGAUUAGUUUUAUUUGAUUAUAUCUUUACGCGCUCGAUAAUUUGAAAUAAACAUUCAAAAGAGCCAUGGAUUACGCUUAUCAUAUGUGUGUACUUAGCCGACACUUUUUUUUAAUCUCGGGACGUUUUGCGCUACAAAUGGGAUAUUUCAACAUUCAUUUAGUAACCUGUCUGCAAUAUUUAUAAUUUUAUUAUGUACAAUAUUUAUUUAUGACUACAUACUAGGAUAUGCUUUGUAUAAUUAAAUUAAUAAGUUAAAAUUACAUUAUUUUUAUUCGUUUCAAAGUUCAAUUAAACCACAGGUAUUGUGAUAUUUUUUUUAACUGAAACCAUGCUUUAUAACAAGAAUGAACUGACACUUAAAUUGAAACGAUUAUUUAAUGGCAUAUUAUACAGAUAAACGAAAUUCCGCACUAUUGAGUCAUGGUGAAAUUAUUAAUAAUAUGGAAGCACUUGCCCAGGGGAGAUACCGCUGGAGACAUGACCAGGUACUCCGAGAGGUAGCGGAUACACUUGAGAGACACAAGAAGAAGGCACGAGUACAUGCAGGGGCAAAGCACAUCAACUUUGUACCAGCAGGGACAGUAAUGAAGGGUACAAAGGGAGGACAUCCGAGUAUCCUAGACGGCACAAAUGACUGGGAACUACGGGCAGAUCUUAUGAAACAGCUGCAGUUUCCAGACAUUGUCCACACUACCCUACGCCCAGACAUUGUGAUGGUCUCCGGAAAGACAAAGAAGAUCAUCCUGGUAGAGCUGACUGUCCCAUGGGAAGAAAGAUGUACUCAGGCACAUGAGAGAAAGAAGGCCAAGUACGAAGAUCUCGUCCAGGAAUGUAGAGAGGCCGGGUGGAGAGCAUGGAACUACCCGAUUGAAGUGGGAUGCAGAGGGUUUCCUGCACCAUCGCUGGGAAAGAUGUUCCAGGAUAUGGGAAUAGAGGGACAGGCGAGAAAGCUGGCCAUUAAGAAGGUAUCACAGGCAGCAGAAAGAAGCUCCAGCUGGCUGUGGCUAAGGAGGAACGCCAGUAGCUGGAAGCCAUCCACUAAUGGGUAGUGUCUGAUCAACACUGCCGCCCGCCACUUAGAGCUUGUCCUAGGUUUAAAAGGGCGAAACAAGCAAUGACAAGUGGUACCUAGCUGAUGACAUUAGUGGAAAGCAGUUUAUCUGUAUUUUACAACAAUAAGUCGCGUAAACCUCAAAUAACAUAUUCAGAACUGAUGUUAAACAUUUGAUUCGGUGUAUUGAAAGAACAUGUACAUCGACAUCUUAUGAUGAUCAAUUAAGAACAUGAAUGUAAUAUACGUCGUUUCUCUCAAGAGAGUUACACAUAUUGUAUGUUAAACGUUAAUGGAUAAUGUAACCGUCAAAAUGCAUAUAUAUCAUACCUAUCUUUAAAAAAUAGUAUAGUUUAGCAUUUUAGCUGGCUAUGAAUAUAUUCUACUGAAAUCAAAAUCAAUCUAUAUAUAUGGACAUAUUGCAUGUAUUUUGAAUAAAUAUUAUUUAGAUGUUUACAUGUUAAUUUACCAUAUACGUCAUAAAUAUUACUUUGUGUAUUAGCACAUUUGGUAUUGGAUUUAUGAAAAUGUAGGUUAAUAGCAACUGUAUUAUAUUUGACAAUGCAAACAAUGAAGAUAUUUAUUGUUAGUUGUAUCGAAUUAUACACCUGGUUAUACUGAUUGGCGUAUUAGGUACGUCGUCCUUCUAUUUCAUUUGCAGCUUUUAAUGUGUUAAAUGUUAUUGUUCAACUUGCAUAUAUGUUUCUUAUCUUUAUUGUAAUUGAGUUAUUUAAAUAUAAAUAAACAAAACAACGAUC